CUAAAUUCUUGAGGCACCAAUCCACCCGCAUUGGAGAUUGGUGCUUCUCACAAGUUCAAAAGGCUUCGUUGGAGUGCUGAUUACGGGACGCAUGCCCCUUGGGCCUUGAGGCAGCACUUCUUGUCGCUAUUUAGUUGCCUGUGUGGCCUGCAGACUUAAUUUGAAAAGUGUGCGGCAGACGAAUACGAGUUUGGCAUCCUGCAAGAGGGCCGCCCUUAAAUCAAGUGAACCUGGUUGGCUGGUGCUUGCAGAACUUGGAAAGGGCUCGCAAAAGUGAGGCGACGUCACGGUCUGUACUUGAUUGAUUGGACAGUCUAGCAAACAACAAGGGGUGGGCUAAGGGUUGAAGCAAUGAGCGCUGCGGCCGAAGCGGCUUUAGCGGAGCUGUGCAACAGAGUCGGAGGAGGGAAGAGGCAUUUUGAGCAGAUACUGCAGCACUUGAGAGAGACAGACUCCCGGACCGCGGGAGAUCUUGAGCGUCAGCUGGGGAUAGUCUUGAUGGAGGAUGCGGAGGCGGGCGACUGCGAGGAUGAUUACCCGUGCCCCGGGUGCGAGGAUGACUUUGAUUUGCCGUCGCUGUGCUCGCACAUGGAGGAGGAGCAUCCAGAGCUGCUCGAGGAAGAAGUGGAUUGUCCCGUCUGCGGGCGGCUAGUACGAAAAGACGUUGUGGGGCACAUGCUGUCAGAGCACGUCCAGUUCUCUAGGGACAGAAGCCGGAGGAGAAGCGGCCGCGCUAGCAGUUUGGUCGAGUCGCUCAGCCUGCUCUCAAACGCCCGGAAGGGGGGUUCGUCGCUCAUGGUCGAGCGUGGAACUGGCGCGGCAAGCCACCGGAAAGACGCAGACGAGAGUUUUUUGCCGGCGUUGGCCGACAGCCUGAUUGCGGAGGAGGCAGCCAAGGCGCGGGGCGGGGAGAGUCAACCGGCCGCCACUUUGAACCCAAGCGUGGGGGCAAAUUGGACUGCAGAAGAAAAACAGGAGCACUACGAGCAGGCGGUCUUGCGUGCCCAGUUCGUUCAAGGAUUAGUCAUAUCCACUCUCCUCAAGGAUAGCUAAUCUGCAAGGGAACUGCACUUGCAAAGUAGCAUGAUGCAGGCAAUUUUUGAUUCCUUGUCAACAGUAGGUUGCUGUAGGUGUCAUCUACGUAACCUGCCGUCCCUAUCAUCGUGCUUGUAUAUAGUAAAAGUAGUGCCGAGUCAGAAUCUGUUUCAUUAUUCGGGCCGCUGGGAUCGGAUAUGUAAACAACUUGCAGAUCAUUUGUGAGCUGUGAAUGCACAUGUCGCUGACAUGCAUGCACAUAGAGUUGCCU